UUUAAUCCACCUUGAUUGAGCCGUAUAGUGUCAAUUUAUUCCGAUCGCGUUAUUACAUUCAUGUACCUUACUGUAAACAGGAAAAAAUGUUGCUUCGUCAUAUCAUCCCAUCGAAUAACGAUGUAGAAGAGAUCUAUAUUGUUAAAAAAGAUGAUAAUUUACAGGAUUUUGACAACAAGCCUAUAGAUUCUGGAAGUAGCUCAGAAUGUCUUUCAGCAGUAUUUGUGAACGAAAAUGUGGAAAUCAAAGUUGAUUCUGGAAAUGCUCAUUACAGCAAUAAUAGUGGUGCGGAACACAGUGACAUCUUGAAUCAUACUAAUGAAUCAAAAGAGGAACCUACGGAAAGAGUAGAACAAAACGCACGGAACGUCGAAUGGCGUGCAAAUAAUAAAUAUUAUACUUCAGGAAUACUAGGCGAUAACACAGCCUCUCUAAUAACGUGCGCUUUUCAAGGCAACUCAGAGCGUGUAAAAAAAUAUUCGUCGAUGGAAUAUGAUAGACAAGAUCAAAGUGAAGAUCAAUCGGAGUAUGUAGAAUGUAAAACCUAUCCGGCCCGAACCGAACAUGAUAGUGCAAAUGAUCAUCAAAAAUGUACAUUUGAAACUGAUAUUAGCGAAGAGUACAAUUCGACAGACUUAAAGAAGUUGUUGCAACAAAGUUUAAAACGGAAAAAUGUCAGCAGACUACGGAAGGAAAGCUUGGAAAUGAACAAAAUGUCGAAGAUGGCAUGUUUAAACCGUAAAAAUACAAACGGAAAUGAAGAGACAGAUGAUAUGAAAACGAACAAUAUAACGCAGUGUUAUAUUUGUAGAAAAAGAUUCCGGUUUCGCAUGGAUUUGCGUCAACACCUCCAAAAUGAGCAUGCGAAAGACAUUCCAUUCAACUGUAAUAUAUGUGUAUCGGAAACGAUUACUAAUUUGCAUCGUUUAAAUAUGCAUCAUCAGCAGCAUGAUCUAGCGUUAAACCGACGCUGCCUUUAUUGUCCCGCCCGCUUUUCUUGUGGACAAGCUGUAAGCAGACAUAUGCGUAAUUUACAUGAGCAGAAAUACGAUAUCGAUGCCGAUAAGGGUAGACGGUUUGUGUGUCGAUACUGUGCAACAACAUUUUCGAAUCAAAUUGAUCUAGAUAAACACGAAAAAAAACAUCACGUACAAAAAAUUAAAAAAAAAGAAAAUCGUAAGAUGAUUUGUUACAUAUGUAACGACUUCAUUGGAAAAUCGCAUCAAGACCUUAAUAAUCAUCUCGUAUUGCAUUCCGAUUCGCUGCCGUUUCAGUGCGGUAAGUGUGAUGACAAAAUGAUUAGCUCGAUAAGAGUGCUUCAAGACCAUCUUCGUCAACAUGCGGAAGGCUUAGCUAUCAAAUGCUUUUACUGUGAGAAGCGUUUUGUGGCGCUAGCGGACUGUCAGCACCAUGAAGGACAGGUACAUUCUCAAGGGAACCAGCAAGACGAACAUCAAGAAGCUGAAACACAAUCUGAAAUACACAAUACUAGGGUAAUAGAAGGGCACAAACGAUUUAUAUGUCCGAUCUGUGAUCGAUCUUACACAAUGCUUAGUACCCUACGGCGUCAUCAGGCCAUACAUGAGCAGGAAAAUCAAUUAGAAUGUAAAUAUUGUGGUGAAGUGCGCAAAAAAUCUACCACACUGAUAAUGAAUGAAAAAAGAAAUCAAAAAGAGAAUAGUGUGUAUGGUUGUAAUGUUUGUGGAAACCCACUAAAACAAACAGACGAAUUUAUUGAUUACCAUCUUACACACAAUAGAGGUAAACCGUUUAUUUGUGAGGUGUGUGGAAAAUCCUUCCGAGCGCAACAGGUAUUGCGCGAACAUAAACUAAACUGUCUUGGUGCAGAAGCUAGUCAACCAUGCUACUGUGUGCUCUGUGCGCAAACUUUCGAUAAUCUUUCUAUUGCUCUGGAACACGUAAAGAAUUCUCACGAAUCGAACAUAACGGAUAAAAAGUGUCGUUAUUGUGAUUUGAUAUUUCGGGAGGCAGAAUCGUUGGUUGAACAUGAGUUUCGUCAUACAAUACAUGGUAUCAUUACAUGUAAGGUUUGCAAUCGUAUUUUUAAACAUCACAAAAAUCUCAUUCGCCAUAUUAAAAUGCAUGCCGACCAACCUGUACCAUAUAUGUGUGAUUUGUGUGGAAAGACAUUUACACAAAAAGGAUCGCUGACGAUACAUCGUCGCAUACAUACUGGUGAACGUCCAUUCUCAUGCCAGCUAUGCCAGAAAGGGUUUGUUGAUAAGAAGGAAAUGCGUCGACACUACACAUCCCACUUUAAUCCCCAAAGUAAAUUAUACAUACCGAACGCUCAUGCAAUAGCAAUCCCACCAGAAGCUGGUCCCACUGGUAAGAAGUACAAAACGUAUAAUUGCAAGAUAUGCAAUCGGCAAUUUACAUCUAGUUCGAAUCUCGCAAAGCAUCUUACUACUCAUACAGGGGAAAAAAAAUAUGUUUGCGAAUUCUGCGAUAAAAGAUUUAGUCAGGGUGGCCAAUUGACUGUUCAUAGGCGUAUACACACUGGAGAGCGUCCGUUUACAUGUGAAAAUUGUGGUGACAGAUUUUUGGAUGGAAGCAGUUAUAAACGCCAUAAAACACAUUACUUAUGCCGAAACAUUUCAUCCAAAUCAUCGAGUGUACCUAUUGCCACGGAAAAUUCUCCAGCAUUAACUAAAUUUUCAAUUACUAUGCCUAAAGAUGAAGGUACACCGUAACUACAGUGACGAAGGCCUAUGCAGUCACAAACCCAACGUGAUAUUCACCGAGAGUGCAAGUGUCCUUCAAGCACUUGAAUCUAGAACUACCCGCAACCCGAACAUCCAACAACUCUGCAAUAUAUCGAAUUCACCUCAAGUCACAUUCUGCUGGAGUCCUGGUCACACUGGUAUUCAGGGAAACGAAAUAGCAGACUGACUAACCAACGCAGGGCGUAAUAACCCGGCCUGCUGCCAUAACACUUCCACGCCGAGACUUAAUUUGCCUUAGUAAAAUCAUCAUCGCCGAAAGUUGGUUAUUGGGUUAGCAGUGGUCGCUCUUUCCUGAGAACUAUCAAGACCUCAACUCCACCACAGAGAGACCACACCAAGACUAGAGAAUUCCAUCACGACUUCGUUUUGGACAAAUCCGACAAUCCACUAUGCAGUUUCAACUUUUGGACCACAGCAUCUACUCCAUCCUCUCACCAGACAGCGAUUGCCAGCGUAAACGUUUAAAAUUCAUUCGUAUUACUAAUCUUUAUAAAUAAAUCUAACCAAAACCACA